AUGACUUCUACUGGACAAGAGAACCUGUUACGACAACUCCUGGACAAAAUUCAACGAUUGGAAGACGGGAUUAAUCAACAAUUACCUAUUUUAAGUGAAGAAAAUAAAAAUCGCGCUAAAGAAAUUCAAAACCUAGGCGAACAACUCAAGAUGGUAGCUUUAACAGAAGUAGGCAGCGGACACCUUCCCGAUGACCUGGGAGAAAAAGAAAUGCAUGCUGCUCAAGUUUCCAUCGAACCAAACGAAAUGAUGAAAGCAACCGAAGCCAUCCGCACCAUUGAAACCUUACGAGAGCGUGAUGAUGUUGGAGUCGAAGAUUUUAUCAAGUCGGUCAGAAUAAACAUCAAAGCCCAAUCUCUAGAAGCAACCCGCACUUAUAUACUUAACUUGAGGCGAGAGAUAGGUAUACUUGUAAUUCCUAGCAAACCUCGACACUUAAUCGAAGCGCAAACAAUGGCGGCUGACAUGGAACUUUGGACUCGCGACGCCAAUCAUACCAUGGAAAGAAGACAAAUUAAUACUAAACAUUCUCCACUACGCCCAACAACCCAACGUCCUACUCUCCCUGCCUACCAUGUAAACCCUCCUGCCGACCGUACAAGCCUUAAGUGCACCAAGUGUAAUAAAAUUGGACAUACUAGUGACAAGUGUUAUGUGCGAAAUUUUCAAAUGGGCAACCAAGGCAAAAUUCCAUCUCUACAAAUCCACAAUACAGUGACAGAAGUGGAGACAUACGAAUUAACUGCACCACCGGAAGAUUGCUACGAAUUGGAUGCAAACUACCAGACUAAUCAGACCAGUACCAAAAUAUUCUUUAUGGGUAACGACAAACACACUAGUAACCUAACGACCACUAUACACGCACAAAAUGUUUCUCAUACCUUUUACGUAAUUCCUGACGAUUUUCCCUUGAUAGAAGUCGAGAACAAUAGAACCAACACUACCACCAAAAACUGCAAGAAAACAAAUUCAGUAUCUAGACGGGAAGCCUGUUCAAAUAUGCUUCAUCAAUACUGCUAUAAACCUCCUGAGUACCAUAAACAAGAAAUAGAACGUCAAAUUAAUAAAAUGCUAGAAAAAUCCAUUAUUGAACCAUCAGACUCCCCUUACAAUGCACCAGUAUGGGUAGUACCUAAAAAACCAGACGCCUCAGGCAAGCGUAAAUGGCGAAUAGUCAUUGACUUUAGGAAACUGAACCAACUGACUGACCAAGACGCUUAUCCACUACCAACCUCGAACGAAAUUUUAGACCAUUUAGGUAAAGCCAAAUUUUUCAGUGCAUUAGAUCUUUCCUCAGGGUUCCAUCAGAUUCCCAUGAAUCCAAAUUCAAAAAAAUAUACUGCAUUCUCAACACCCCAAAGUCAUUUUCACUACAACAGAAUGCCUUUCGGGCUAAAGAAUGCCCCUGCAACCUUCCAAAGAAUGAUAGAUAUAGCCUUACGCGGAUUAAUUGGAAAACACUGUUUCGUAUACCACGAUGACAUUAUUAUUUUUGGUUCAACUAUUCAAGAACACAAUCAAAACCUUGCAAUCGUACUCCAUAAACUCCAAGACUUGAAGCUUAAAUUACAACCAGAUAAAUGCGAAUUCCUUAAACCCGAACUAGAAUGUCUAGGGCAUAUAGUGACCGCAGACGGAGUAAAACCUAAUCCGAAAAAACUAGAAGCAAUAGAAAACUUCAAAAUUCCUAAAACACCCACCCACGUUAAAUCUUUCCUAGGACUGACGGGAUACUACCGCAAAUUUAUUCGUAACUUCUCCAAAAUUGCAAAACCACUAAUAGAUUUGACAAAGAAAGAUACGCCGUUUCAUUGGACUGACAAACAACAAUUAGCAUUCAACACUUUAAAACAAAAACUUUGUGAAUCCCCUGUACUACAAUAUUCAGACUAUGACAAACCUUUCACAUUAACAACCGACGCAUCGAACGAAGGACUAGGAGCAAUUUUAUCGCAAGACGGACAUCCUUGUUGUUACAUAUCCCGAACACUUAAUCCACCUGAAAAAAACUACAGUACAACCGAGAAAGAACGGUUGUAUGGGCUAUCAAACGCCUCAGACAAUAUUUGUUAG